CCGACGCCAGCCAAUUGCGAAGCAGAUUUGGAAAUCCUCAUUUACAUACGCCCCACCCACAGGGGGCGGACUUACCUGGUCCUGUCCACUCAGCCAGGGGAGUCGGUCAUUCCUCAUUUGAAUAGGAGUCCUACAAAUAGCUUCUCCUGCUCGCUGUCUGCUCCACUCUUCUCUCCUGCUCUUGCUUCUCUUGCAAACUUGAGCGUCUACCAUCAUGCCCGAACCUGCCAAGUCGGCUCCGGCUCCGAAGAAGGGCUCCAAGAAAGCCGUUACGAAGGCCCAGAAGAAGGACGGCAAGAAGCGCAAGCGCAGCCGCAAGGAGAGCUACUCCAUCUACGUGUACAAGGUGCUGAAGCAGGUCCACCCGGACACGGGCAUCUCGUCCAAGGCCAUGGGCAUCAUGAACUCCUUCGUCAACGACAUCUUCGAGCGCAUCGCCGGCGAGGCUUCCCGUCUGGCGCACUACAACAAGCGCUCCACCAUCACUUCCAGGGAGAUCCAGACGGCCGUGCGCCUGCUGCUCCCCGGGGAGCUGGCCAAGCACGCCGUGUCGGAGGGCACCAAGGCCGUCACCAAGUACACCAGCUCCAAGUAACUUGGAGACGUGGAGUCCCGGGACAUCUCGAUGUCCCCCAACACACAACGGCUCUUUUCAGAGCCACCCACUUCUCUCACUGAGAAAGAGCUGACGCCGCAAGUUGACUUGCUUUCUUUGGGGCUGCUGCCCCGGGGCGCCUCUUGUCUCUCAACUCGCGCCCGGGCGGGAGAAAAGGGGAAGGGCUUGCGGGCUGCGGGUCGUCCUGAAGCGUCCCAGGACCUGCUUAGCUUUCUUGUCUCUUAGCUGAAGCGAUCUCAAACCGGACGGAGGGAGGGCUUUACACCCUAAAGAGAACCCCCCCUCCCCCGACCCCGCUUUUCUGAACACACAGUCGAGUUCCGGGAGCCUGUGCCCCACAGUUGCAACCCCACAACAGAAUCAUUCAUUCCUCUCCUUGGUACAGAGUCCGGGCAGCUCUGAGGCCCUAAUCAGCCAGUCCGACAGGUAGCCAGACGUGGCACCUUUCGAACGCGUGCUCCUGUGGCUGCCCAGCCUGGGCGCCAGGCACAUCCACCCCGCGUCGUGGACAUACUCUCCCUUGCUUUCUUCCAUCUCCAAGGGGAGGGAAAGAGGGUCCAGGAGCGAACCCCAAUGGCUUUUGACCUAUUUCCCCUGAAAAACACAUCCGUGAGAGAAUAACUUUGAAGUUUAUCUGCCGGCUCAGUCGUUAACAGUAUCUGCAAUGGCCCUUUCUUGUUUCUGGGUUGGGUUUUCAUACGGGGCCCGACACCCCUCGUGAAGGUGCCCUAGAUAAGGAUUCCCCCAAUGCCUUCUUAAUUUGACUUAAUAAGAUUUAGUAGGCUCCUAAUCACGACCUAAUCACAUCAACCUGCCUCUAUUUCCUGAGCCUCCCCUCCUCCCGCAGACUUACUUUUGUUAAAACUGGAUCAUCAAUGAAACAAAUUUUUUCCUAUAAUUGGCAUCUGUCGUUUUACAUUUUGGGUUUCAAAUUUUCUCCCUUUCUCCAUUUCCUACCUAAUGUAACAAAUUUUGGUGGAGGUGUGCACGUAUUCAACUACUCAACUACGGAAAAGGCAAAAAUGUGAUAUCAGUUACAAAUAGGAUUUUAUGGAAAAUAUAUGUCUAUAUUUUCCUUGUUGGAGAAAAGAAUGAAAAAUAAAAGUAUAAAAAGCA